AUGAGCAAUCAGGUUGCAAUAAGUUCGAAAAUCCAAGCCCAAGAGUCUGCUUCAGAUUAUGAAGCAGAAGCCGUAAACCUCAGAAAUGGAUCUAAAGAUGAUCAACACGACGUUACCACAACAGAAAGUAAAUCCAAAGAAUCCAAAUGGAUGGCAAGAUCCGGGAUCCGCAAUCAUUUUGAAAUAUCUGUGCAGAAUGGUAUAAAGGUUGCAACAUGCACACAUUGUGGUAAAACCUUCCAGGAAAGCAAAUCCACGGGCAAUCUUGUCAAGCAUGUAAAAAAGCUUCACCCAGCUGAGUUCAAUACUCGAAAAACCAAGGAACCAAAAGGGCGCAUCCUAGAUGUAUUUGAUCUGCGAUCUUCGUCGACUCAACUUCCCGAACCACUAGUUUUUGAGAUGGAACACAAUCCUGGAGCCUUCACGAUGGUAGCGCUCGUUAUCGAAAAACUUCUACCAUUUUCCUUUGUUAAUGCAUAUGCAUUGAAGUGGUUGGGUGACUUGUUACCCGAAAUGUCUUUUUUCCGAUCCGAAACAGCUGUAAGGGACAAAUUAGAGACUUAUUCUACAUGGCUGGACGAAGGGCUUAUUACAUCUUUGCAGGGAACGGGCUUUGUUAAUCUAGAAUUGGAUGUAUGGACAGAUGGCGACGAACGGUCGUAUCUGAGCAUAUUUGCGUCUUUUGCUCCAAAUCUGUCAGACGAGCAACCAAAUGCACUAGGAACCGAAGCUACUCACAAUAAAUUUAAUGAACCCUUCCAGAGCCAUCUUUUGGAUCUCGUGGAUGUCAGUGGCUCACCUCAGACUGCAGAGUAUCUAUAUGAGAUAACGAGCUCAGUGAUCAAAAAAUUCAAAAUAGUUGGGAAGAUCAGGUCCAUCACUUCUGAUAACGGGGCAAGUAAUAUCCUGCGACAUUCAGACAUGCUUUGCGAUCUCAUGAAACUUUCAAGGCCAGAAACAUCCAUGAAAACCAAACAUUUGUAUCAUGUUAAUUGUGCAAGGCAUAUAUUGAACGCUUUACUCCGAACAAUAGGGCAAACGAUGAAAGAGAACGAGAAAUUUCACAACGGCCUACAACACAUCACAAAAUUGACAAGAAUUUUGAAAAAGUCAUCUCUACUCAGAGACUCUCUCGCAGUAGCCGGAUUACCCGAAAUACCACCCGCUCUCGAGUCCUCGUGGGUUUCUGUGUGGGAUCAGAUCGCGAAGUAUCUGGAUCAUUACGAUGCAUAUUUGAAAUGGUUUGAGAGCUUUCAAGAAUCAUCAAAACAUCGAAACAUUGCUGCAAGGAUGGCACCCCACUUGCAGCUUUCUUCGGAAACACGGGAAGUACUAGAGUAUUUCGUAGAUUGUUGUUCCAUAUUCAAGUAUCUCCAUGACAGCUUGCAAAAUGAAACUUUCAACCAGCUUCCCAAUGCGAUUUCUUUCUAUUACACGUUGAAAGAAUAUUUUGACCUAUGCAGUAAUGCGGACGUCGAAAGUAUCAUACCAUCGUCAGAAGGCUGUUUUGACUUCACGUUCAUCAAUGGAAAAGUCGGUUUAUCUCGAAUGACAAAAGCCAUUGUACUUGCAGCCGUUCGGUCCGCAAAGCCCAAAUUCAAAGAAUUCUUUGAUAUGUUUUGGAAUAACGAGGUAUAUUUUGUGGCUGCCUACCUGGAUCCUACCUCGAAGUUAGACUGUUUCAGUCAGCUCUUGGUCGGUUCGGAGAGAGAACACCAGUUACAAAAGGUGGAAAGAUAUAUGAAACACUACCUUGCCCAGUGCGAGCCUCAAACCAAACAAGCCCCAUUGCCAUUUUCACAAUUGCAGAGUCAACCAAAACAGAACUACAGGGUUUUUAAAAUCCCCCGUCUUGACCGGCGUGAAAAGAAACCAUUGUUCAGAUCUGUUGAGCCAAGUGUUCAAAUGUUGGAGGAAUGGGAGAAUUACAAAUCUGACAGCCAGCUUUCUGCAGAUUCCAUCACUGAUGUUUUGGAGUGGUGGCAAUCUAGACGCUUAACUUACCCAAAUCUGUUUCCACUAGCGGUAUCAAUGAUUUAUACACAAUUCAGCACAAGCGAAAUGGAGCAGAAGUUAUCAAUAGACAAUAAGGCGAUGCACAAAGAUCGUUAUAAUUUUGCCAGCACCGACGUUAGAAGAGUGAUGAUUCUACGAAGCCGUUUUUACAAUUUGGGUCUUUUCGGCAAAUAUCUCGAGACUGUCCUGCCCUCCGGUGCCGACCAGUCAUCCAUAAUUCUAUCGGAUUCUAGCGGGUCUUCAUCCGAUGAGCUUUAG